AUGGCAAGAACCAUUUCCUCACUCUCAUUGUACGGUAAUUUUGCUGGUGAGAGAUUCGAUGUCUCCUUUCAUCAGAGCAGGGUCAGUUUGGCUAGCAUGAGCGAAGAAAAAAGGAAGAGUAUUUUAUCACUGCGAUCCUCUAUCAAGAACAUGAAGCAGGAAGAAUCAAGCAUUGGCGAGACAGAGCCAGAAAUAGAAGAUGAUACCCCAAAGGCUUCUGUUGGAAAAGCCAUGUUUAUGUUUCUAAAAGCGUUUGUUGGUUCAGGCGUACUGUUUUUACCCAAGGCGUUUCAAAACGGUGGCCUAGCGCUCUCUAUUGUGCUUAUUGUCGUAAUCGCGCUUAUUUGUUUAUUUGCAUUCCAAAGAUUGGUCAAUACACAAUUGAUCGUAGGUGGAUCUUACGGUGAUAUCGGAGGCAUACUUUAUGGUCAAUGGGUUCGUUUCAUUGUCUUGUUUUUCAUCGUGAUAUCUCAGAUUGGCUUUGUAUGCUCUUACUUUAUCUUUGUAUCCGGUAAUCUCGUCAAUGCGGUCAACGUCCUUUCGGAUUGUACAGCCAAUAUCGCACAAAAGUACUAUAUUUGGUUUCCAUUGAUCAUCCUUAUUCCCUGUGCAUUGGUCAGACACAUCGCUAGACUUUCUUUUGCAGUCAUCCUUGCAGAUAUUCUGAUACUUUUUGGCCUAAUUUGCGUUAUCUAUUUCACGGCGGACCAGUUGAAAAACUUUGGCAUUGGUCCCAAUAUCGCUGCAGUUAAUCCAUACAACUUUGCUCUCAUGAUUGGCACUGCUACAUUUUCAUUUGAAGGCAUUGGUCUAAUCAUUCCCAUCGUUGAAUCCAUGAAACGCCCCGAAAAAUUUCCAUUUGUGCUUACUUUGGGUAUGAUGAUUGUCACCGUCAUCUAUGUUCUCAUCGGAACCUUGUCUUAUCUUGCCUAUGGAGACAAGAUUCAAGCUGCUGUCAUUUACAACUUCCCACAAGAUCACCGUCUGACGAUUACUGUCGAAUUACUCUAUUCUUUGGCCAUUUGUUUGACUGCCCCCUUCAUGCUUUUCCCUGCUCUGAAGAUCAUUGAAAACGGUAUUUUUGGAAGAUGUAGAUCUGGUAGGGAUAGUAUCCUUGUGAAAUGGUCCAAGAACGUGUAUCGAGUGAUCAUAUCCGUCGUAUGUGCUGGUAUCGCUUUUGGUGUCGGUGGGGAAAACCUUGACAAAUUCGUAUCUCUGGUAGGCUCCGUCGCUUGUGUACCUCUUUGCUUCAUCUUUCCUGGCUUGUUUCAUUUAAAGGUUUCAAAAAAGGCGAUUGACAAGGUUUGGGACUGUCUCUUGAUGAUAUUUGGCAUUGGCAUUAUGGUCUAUACAUUGUAUGUGACAAUUGAUUCAUUUAUACAUCCAAAGGCUGCUGGAGAAGCACUUGCUCCUUACUGCCCAGCAUAG